GGGAGACCGGAUAUAGUGAAUGCGGGGUCCGGGGAGACCGGAUAUAGUGAAUGCAGGGAGACCAGAUAUCGUGAAUGCGGGGUCCGAGGAGACCAGAUAUAUGAAUGUGGGGUCCGGGGAGACCGGAUAUGUGGUGGGGUCCGGGGAGACCGGAUAUAGUGAAUGCGGGGUCCGGGGAGACCGGAUAUAGUGAAUGCGGGGUCUGGGGGAGACCGGAUAUAGUGAAUGCGGGGUCCGGGGAGACCGGAUAUAGUGAAUGCGGGGGGUCUGGGGAGAGACCAGAUAUAGUGAAUGCAGGGUCCGGGGAGACCAGACAUAGUGAAUGCGGGGUCCGGGGAGAGCGCGGAUAUAGUGAAUGCGGGGUCCGGGGAGAGCGGAUAUAGUGAAUGCGGGGUCCGGGGAGAGCGGAUGUAGCGAAUGCAGGGUCCGGGGAGACCGGAUGU